UUAUGCGACGUUCGAUGUUUAUUCGCGGUAUCUCGUUAGAGGGUUAGCCUUAAAAAAUUACAUACCACAACAGGUGAUGCCAUUUUACUGCCGAAACACCACUCGGGAAAGAACAUAUCGCACGAUUAUUCUGUAAUUUAGUAUAUAGAACUGUAGUAGGUAUCAGAAAAUGGCGGCAACGGAUAGCAGCAAAGCAUCGACUGCGGAAGGUGGGGCGAUUGACGUCUUCAAUCAGACGCACGAAUACAAGGGCGUAACCCUAUCUGCUAUGCAGCAACCAGCAAUAUACGAGGCACUACAGAACUGGGAAACAAGGCCCGAUGAUGUGUAUAUUGUUACCUAUCCAAAAUCUGGGACGCAUUGGAUCUUCGAGAUCGUUUCCCUCAUAAUGAACGACGUCCAAAUCGAGAAGAUUGACCGAACCCAUAUGGUCUUCGCUUUGGAUCUCGCCUUGACCCACAACGUCGACGGCCUCGCAACGGUCACGCCGGGUCAUGAGGCGAUGACCAAGUGGGAAUCACCUCGUGUCAUGGCCUCUCACCUCCUGGAAGAGUUUGCUCCAGAACAGAUCAAGAAGAAAUCAAAGGUCAUCUAUUUUUCACGGAACCCGAAGGAUGUAUCCGUUUCGUAUUUCAAGUUUGUGGGUCCCGCCCUCCCCGUUGAAAUGGAAGGAUGGAAAGGAUUUGUACCCUACUUUCUCUCUGACAAAAUGUUUGGUGGAAGUUGGUUCCGUCAUGUCAAAGGUUGGUUCGCUCGCAAAGAUGAUCCUAACCUCCUCCUCUGUCAAUACGAAGACUUCCAUAAGGAUCUGAAAGGCAGCAUCAAACGAGUGGCAGAUUUUCUGGAGCGCUCUCUAUCAGAUGAACAGCUGGAUAAGAUUGUCGAGCUGACCGAAAUGAAAGGCAUGCAGAAAACCUACCAACAAAUCGAAGACAAAAUGGGAGACACGGGCAAGUCAAUCACAAGACUCUUUGGACAGCUGCCCUACCUCAGGAAAGGAAAAGUUGGCAGUUGGAAGGACAAUUUCACCGUGGCUGAGAAUGAAUAUUUUGAUAAGGUCUACACACAUGAAAUGGACGGCAGCGGUAUCGAAUUCGAGUUUGAGUUGGUAGAUCAAGAGAACGAUUACAAAAAUAUGGAUACUGCCGAAGCGUCACAGACGACUACAAACACGACCAAUGAGUUAGUGACGAUCGACAUCCUGUCAAAAAGUUACCAGUAUAAAGGAGUCACGUUACCAGCCAUGCGUGUACCUGACAUCCUGGAAUCAUUGAAGGACUGGCAAACGAGACCCGAUGAUGUCUUGGUUGUUACCUAUCCAAAGUCAGGUACGCAUUGGAUUUGGGAGAUCGUUUCCCUCAUCAUGCACGACGCCGACGUCGAGAAGAUUGAUCGCACACACCUGCUAUACGCUCUCGACGUAAUCAUGUCCAAUACCGUCGAUGGUCUUUCGACGGUCUUACCGGGCUACCAGGCGAUGUCGAAGUGGGAAUCACCCCGCGUCAUGGCCAGUCAUAUUCUAGAAGAGUUUGUCCCAGAACAGAUCAAGAAGAAAUCAAAGGUCAUCUAUUUUUCACGGAACCCGAAGGAUGUAUCCGUUUCGUAUUUCAAGUUCGCGGGUCCCGCCCUCCCCCCUGAAAUGGAAAGAUUGGAAGAAUUUGUACCCUUUUUUCUCUCUGACAAAAUGUUUGGUGGAAGUUGGUUCCGUCACGUCAAAGGUUGGUUCGCUCGCAAAGAUGAUCCUAACCUCCUGCUCUGUAAAUACGAAGACUUCCAUAAGGAUUUGAAAGGCAGCAUCAAACGAGUGGCAAAUUUCCUGGAGCGCCCUCUAUCAGAUGAACAGCUGGAUAAGAUUGUCGAGCUGACCGAAAUGAAAGGCAUGCAAAAAACCUACCAACAAAUCGAAGACAAAAUGGGAGACACGGGCAAGUCAAUCACAAGACUCUUUGGACAGCUGCCCUACCUCAGGAAAGGAAAGGUUGGCAGUUGGAAGGACAAUUUCACUGUGGCUGAGAAUGAAUAUUUUGAUAAGGUCUACAAACAUGAGAUGGACGGGAGCGGUAUCGAAUUCGAGUUUGAGUUGUAAUAAUACCUUUCACUUUUGUCUGCUGCUUUGUUUCAUUAGGCUUAUUGUAAGUUUGUGUUUUUUUCUACGCAUAGUCGUUGGUUCAGAAUGGAAUUCUGCACACGUGAAUAU